UAGUAAAGAUGCCAGCUGUACUCUUUGCGACUCCACCUACCGGCUUCCCUUGACCUUUCGGCUCUGGAAAGUUGCUGCCUACUGCUCUUGGAAAAUGGAGCCGGAGAGCGAACAGAAGAAGCUGGAACGGCUCGCAAGGGUCCGUGACAAUCAACGCAAGAGCCGCGCCAGGAAGCAAGAGUAUGUCCGCGAGCUGGAGCAGAAGGUCGCCGCCUGCAACGAGGACGCUCGCCUGAAAGAUGUCCAGCACCGCAUCGCCGUCCAGGCGCUCGAGGGUGAGAACAGACGGCUCCGGCAGCUCAUCGCGUAUCUCGGCGUGCACCCUGCUGCCGUGGAGGAGUACGUGAGGACCUCUGACAACCCCGUUGCGAACAAGAAAGUAGCCAUUCCCGCGGCUGCUUCCCGAUGCGACGCAGGAUCUUCGUGCGAGUCGAGUUCGGCUUCGGCUUGCAAGACGCAGCAGCAGCAGCAGCAGCAGCAGCUAGACCCCUGCCUACAAUCUGAAGUACCGACUGGCCGGCUCGAACAAGGAGUUCAAUUGAAUAGCACACGGGACUCUACUAACGGGUCUACCUCCGAUAUGAUGUCUCCGAAUACACGGCAGACCUCCAUCAGCGAAGUCUCCGGAACACCACCCAUGACGGUCACGCCUGAUGAGGAAAUUUGUGGCUGUUGCAACGAUCCUCUCGACGAUACCUGGCCCUCUGUUGAAGCCGGUGAUCUAAACACUACUCUCUGCUCAGUGGCCGGGGAGUUGCUACGCCAAUACAACAUCAAGGGAAUGGAUGUUUGUGAAAUCCGUGAAAAACUCUGGGCUGGGUUCAGAAAGGGAACAAUUCCCGGCCAAGGAUGCCGGGUAGAGAAUCAGCUCCUCUUCCAAGUGCUGGAUGAGAUGAGUAAUCUCUGAAGAAAAAUACCCAUCAUCAGACUUAUCUUUACAUGAUCACGCCAGAUCGGAUCCCCCCCCCCCCGG